AUGAACACUCUCAAAACGUUCUUCCUCCUCAUGAUUCUUACCGGGCUCCUGCUGCUCAUUGGCGGCGCCAUCGGUGGUGAGAUGGGUAUCAUCAUCGCCCUGGUAUUCGCCUUGGCGUUGAACUUCGGCGCCUAUUGGUUCAGCGACAAGAUCGCCCUGAGCAUGGCCCACGCCCGGCCGAUCACCGCUGACGAUGACCCCCAGCUUUACCAACUCGUGGCCGAGCAGGCCCGUCUGGCGAACAUGCCCAUGCCGAAGGUGUACGAGAUCGACGAGCCUUCACCCAACGCUUUCGCCACCGGACGCAACCCCCAGAAUGCCACCGUCGCCGUGACCAGCGGCAUCCGCCGUAUCCUGACCCGGGAGGAACUAGCCGGCGUCAUGGCUCACGAGAUGGCCCACGUGGGCAACCGGGACACACUGAUAAUGACCGUUGUGGCCACCAUUGCCGGUGCCAUCACCAUGCUGGCUUUCAUGGCCCAGAUCGCCGCGAUAUUCGGCAGCUUCGGCGGCCACGGGGACGACGACGAAGGCGGCGGCAACAUCAUCACGCUGCUCAUCCUCGCGAUCAUCAUGCCCAUCGCCGCGACCAUCAUUCGCAUGGCCAUUUCCCGCGCCCGCGAGUUCCAGGCCGACCAGACCGGCGCCCACAACUGCGGCAAUCCCGAGGCGCUGGCCCGCGCUUUGGAAAAGCUCGAAAUGGGCAGCGAAAUUCGUCCCAUGAAGGUGAACGAGGCAGCCUCCCACCUGUUCAUCGUCAACCCCUCAGCGGGCGUUCGAUGGCCCGCAUGUUCUCCACGCAUCCGCCCGUCGAGGAGCGCGUUCGCCGGCUGCGCGAUAUGA